GCUCCCCAAGCACCAAAAAUUCUUCGGGCGGGGGCGAAUCGCGCAGCAGCUCCCGGGGUGGAGGCGGGGAGUCACGUUCUUCAGGGGCCGCCUCCUCAGCUCCUGGCGGCGGGGACGGCGGGGAAUAUAAGACCCUGAAGAUAAGUGAGUUGGGGUCUCAGCUGAGCGACGAAGCGGUGGAGGAUGGACUGUUUCACGAGUUCAAACGCUUCGGUGAUGUAAGUGUCAAAAUCAGUCAUCUCUCGGGUUCUGGCAGCGGGGAUGAGCGGGUUGCCUUUGUGAACUUCCGGCGGCCAGAGGACGCGCGGGCGGCCAAGCAUGCCAGAGGCCGCCUGGUGCUCUACGACCGGCCUUUGAAGAUAGAAGCUGUGUAUGUGAGCAGGCGCCGCAGCCGCUCUCCUUUAGACAAAGAUGCUUAUCCUCCAUCAGCCAGCGUGGUCGGGUCCUCUGUAGGUGGUCACCGGCACCCCCCUGGAGGAGGUGGAGGCCAGAGAUCACUUUCCCCUGGUGGCGCUGCUUUGGGAUACAGAGACUACCGGUUGCAGCAGUUAGCUCUUGGCCGCCUGCCCCCUCCACCUCCACCACCGUUGCCCCGAGAACUGGAGAGAGAACGAGACUACCCUUUUUAUGAGAGAGUGCGUCCAGCAUACAGUCUUGAGCCGAGGGUGGGGGCUGGGGCAGGUGCUGCUCCUUUCAGAGAAGUGGAUGAGAUUUCACCCGAAGAUGAUCAGCGAGCUAAUCGGACGCUUUUCUUGGGCAACCUAGACAUCACUGUGACAGAGAGUGAUUUAAGAAGGGCUUUUGAUCGCUUUGGAGUCAUUACAGAAGUAGACAUCAAGAGGCCUUCUCGCGGUCAGACCAGUACCUAUGGCUUUCUCAAAUUUGAGAACCUAGAUAUGUCUCAUCGGGCUAAACUAGCAAUGUCUGGCAAAAUUAUAAUUCGGAAUCCCAUUAAAAUUGGUUAUGGUAAAGCUACACCUACCACCCGCUUGUGGGUAGGUGGCCUGGGACCUUGGGUGCCUCUUGCUGCCCUGGCAAGAGAGUUUGAUCGAUUUGGUACUAUACGUACCAUAGACUACCGAAAAGGUGAUAGUUGGGCAUAUAUCCAGUAUGAAAGCCUGGAUGCAGCUCAUGCUGCCUGGACCCACAUGCGGGGCUUCCCACUUGGUGGCCCAGAUCGUCGCCUUAGAGUGGAUUUUGCAGACACAGAACAUCGUUACCAGCAACAGUAUCUACAGCCUCUGCCCUUGACUCAUUAUGAACUGGUGACAGAUGCUUUUGGACAUCGGGCGCCUGACCCUUUGAGGGGUGCUCGGGAUAGGACACCACCCUUACUUUACAGAGAUCGUGAUAGGGACCUUUAUUCUGACUCGGAUUGGGUGCCACCCCCGCCCCCUGUCCGGGAACGCAGCACCCGAACUGCAGCUACUGCUUUGCCUGCCUAUGAGCCACUGGAUAGCCUGGAUUGCAGGCGAGAUGGCUGGUCCUUGGACCGGGAUAGAGGUGAUCGAGAUUUGCCCAGCAGCAGAGACCAGCCUAGGAAACGAAGACUGCCUGAUGAGAGUGGAGGACGGCACAUGGACAGGUCCCCUGACAGUGACCGUCCAAGAAAACGUCACUGUGUUCCUUCUCCUGAACGCAGUCCAGAAUUGAGCAGUAGCAGGGAUCGUUACAACAGUGAUAACGAUCGAUCUUCCCGUCUUCUUCUUUUGGAAAGGUCCUCUCCAAUCAGAGACAGACGAGGUAGUUUGGAAAAGAGCCAGAGUGAUAAGCGAGACCGUAAAAACUCUGCAUCGGCUGAACGGGACAGGAAACACCGGACAACUGCUCCCACUGAGGGGAAAAGCCCUCUGAAAAAAGAAGACAGGCCUGAUGGAAGUGCACCCAGCACCAGCACAACUUCUUCCAAGCUAAAGUCUCCUUCCCAGAAACAAGAUGGGGGGACAGGCCCUACAACAGCAGCCUCUCCCAAACUCUGUUUGGCCUGGCAGGGCAUGCUUCUGUUGAAAAACAGCAACUUUCCUUCCAACAUGCAUCUGUUGCAGGGUGACCUUCAAGUGGCUAGUAGUCUUCUUGUGGAGGGCUCAACUGGAGGCAAAGUGGCCCAGCUCAAGAUCACUCAGCGUCUCCGUUUGGAUCAGCCCAAGUUGGAUGAAGUAACUCGACGCAUCAAAGUGGCAGGCCCCAAUGGUUAUGCCAUUCUUCUUGCUGUGCCUGGAAGUUCUGACAGCCGGUCUUCCUCUUCCUUGGCCACAUCAGACACUGCCACCUCUACUCAGAGGCCACUCAGGAACCUUGUGUCCUAUUUAAAGCAAAAGCAGGCAGCCGGAGUGAUCAGCCUCCCUGUGGGGGGCAACAAAGACAAGGAAAACACCGGGGUCCUUCAUGCCUUCCCACCCUGUGAGUUCUCCCAGCAGUUCCUGGAUUCCCCUGCCAAGGCACUGGCCAAAUCUGAAGAAGAUUACCUGGUCAUGAUCAUUGUCCGUGCAAAACUGGUGAACAGCGGAUGAAGAUAUGGAAUUCAAAGCUCUAAUGGACCUUUUUGAAGAGAAGUGGCUUAUGUGGAGUUUACAUGGGCCUCUGAUGGAAGAAAGCUAAUCUGUUUAGUAUUUGUGCAUUUUACUAAAAUGGCAGCUUAAAGUUGUGUAUCUGCUAUUGUGAUGCCAAUGCCGGUGUUUUAAGUGGAAAAAAAAAAUGACCUCUUUGCUUUGUGCUGUGUACACAAGAUUUCUGGAAAAGUAAAGAAAAACCCUUUUUAUGGCUCACACAGCUUAAAAGUAGCUGUCACUCAAACGUGCGCUCACAGUUGAGCUGCUUUUGUUUUAUUCUAAAUAAAUUGUUUCUUUUGAGGAAAA